GUAUCAUAGUUUUUGCUGAAAAUUAAAAGAAAAUGUUUUGUUCUCCUUCCAGGACCUGCAGCUCAGUAUGGCAUUGUGUGGUGGAUGCAGGGUUCUGGUUCUGGCCGUGCGGAGUGUGCAUGUUUCGGCCCGGUCUGCUCCAGCGCUCGCCCAGCCGGUCAGAGCGUUCUCCUCUUCGUCUCGGGUUUGCUCUCUGGACUCAUUCUCCUCGGGUCAGAGGAGGGUUCCGGCAGCCGGGGUGAAGACCGAGAGGACCUGUCCAUCCGUGAGCAGCGCCCAGAGGAACCUGUCGGCCGUGGCCGUGUCCCUGCAGGUUCAGCGCCGGCCCCUCUGCAGGUACGACCUGCUAGACCUGGGAGAGGUGGAGGAAAACACACGCAAAGCACUCGCCUGUAAACACCUGAGGAGGUUCAUCAUAGACCCAAACCUGGCCAGAGUGGUGGCCGAGCACCUUUCACAGGACAUAGAGGACGGCAAAGCGGUCAUCUUCGAGUGUAAUCCAGGUCCUGGAGUGUUGACCCGCACGCUGCUGAACUGCGGCGCUCAGAGAGUGGUGGCGCUAGAGAGCGAUAAAGCCUUCCUACCUGACCUGCGGGCUCUGGAGAACAAUCUGGAAGGCCAGCUGGAGGUGGUCCACUGUGACUUCUUUAAGCUGGACCCCAUCGGCCAGGGCAGCAUGAAGCCCCCAGCCAUGUACUCGGAGAAACUCUUCACGGAUCUCGGCAUCUCCGAAGUGCCCUGGACAGCAGACGUUCCGGUGAAGGUGGUGGGGAUUUUCUCCCAGAGGAACGAGAGGAACAUGCUGUGGAAGCUCGUCUACGCUCUGUUCGAACGCCUGUCCAUCUUCCGCUACGGACGCGUGGAGCUGAUCAUGUUCAUCAGCGAGAAAAACUACUCAAAGCUGGUGGCCCAGCCUGGGAACAAUAAAAGCUACCAGGCUGUGAGCGCGCUCUUCCAGAUGUCCUGCAACAUCGAGCUGCUGCACCAGGAGCCGUGGUCCUCCUUCGUUACCACAUCGAGGUGCGGUGGGCUGAGCAUUCCCAAAAGCACUGUGGUGCCGAAUGAUCACCUGUGUCUGGUGCGGAUCACUCCCCGAGUCGAUUUAUUCACUUCCACCGUCACUCCGUUCAACAGCAGCACUCUGGUCGUGAUGGUCAAACAGUGUCUGGCGAAAAGGAGAGGAAAACUCAUCGAAAAGCUCAACUCAUGGAGUCCAGGCAUCGGUCAGGACCUGCUUGGUCAGAUCGGGCUGAGUGAGGACGUCCUGACCGGUCAGGUUUAUCCGGAUCAGUACAAGCAUCUGUUCGAGCUGAUGGAGAAAUCGGAGCAGUUCACUCAGAGCUGGCUUUAUUCCGAAAUUCUGGAGAACACCAAGAACACAGGCCGCGGAUCAUAGCACGGACGGGUGCACGCACCGUUUCCAUGGAAACCGGGGAGAAGGAGCCAGAGAGACAGUUCUGAAGCAUGCGAGAUGUGUUUGACUGCUUGAGUUCAGCUCAUUAUCACGUCUGCGGUAUUCGCCAGUUAGACCCUCUGAUUGGCUGGAGGAACGAUAGUGAUAUUUAGCCAAAGAGCAUUAGCACCUGUGCUAGUGUAGCGUGCGCUCGGCUCAGCUGUGCUUUGGUUAAGCGUUCAGAACGUGUUUAAAUAUUUAAUACCAAAAACAAACCUGUAGGGCUGAUAAACACACGUGUCCAUACUGAGGUUAUAACGCUAUGUAGCGCAGUUACAGAACAGCUUUCAAUAUUAAUAAACACCUAUUGGUGAAUCACUGAGUGUGUUUACAUGCACUCAAUAAUCCGAUAACUGCAGAAAAUCAGAUUUCAUCAGUAAUCCGAUCAACACGUUUAUAUGCACUUGAGUAAUCAGAUAAUG